AUGAAGAGGGAUGAGCAAUUGGAAUUCUGGGAUCCCACCUUCGGCUUCGACCUCGAGGAUCAACAAGAUCAACAAGAUCACCGACCUGAGGUUAUUGCGAUAUUGCUUGUACGAGCACUUAUGUGUAUACAACGUCUCAAUAAGAAGAGCUCUACAGUAAAGCAAGAUGGCUCAAUCGCCACAAAUCAUGCCCGCCACCAUUAUCAAAGGCCACCAACAACAUACUGUAAUCAUCGGUCCCGGCAUCAUAGGCUGUGCUACAGCACACUACCUGCCUCGUGA